AUGGCUUCCAUUACUACUUCCUCUGUUUCGUUCCAUGUUCCUUGCUCUCUGAAGCAAAACCAGGUCUCGAAUUUGAAGAAGGUUUCACUUUCUUUCAGUGGGACGAGCUUCCCAUCUCUUAGGUUGCAGCCUUCACGUUUCCGCGUUGCCUGUGCGGCCAAACCAGAGACAGUGGAAAAAGUGUGUGAAAUUGUGAGGAAGCAACUUGCUCUCCCUGCCGAUUCUGCCGUCUCUGGAGAGUCGAAGUUUGCAUCACUUGGUGCCGAUUCCCUUGACACGGUUGAGAUUGUCAUGGGACUGGAGGAAGAGUUCGGGAUCAGUGUGGAAGAAGAAAGUGCCCAGACCAUCACCACUGUUCAAGAAGCAGCUGAUAUGAUCGAGAACCUCAAGGCUAAAAAGGCUUGA